UUGAUGUUCAGCUGUGCGAGAGCGACCGACCCCACUCACUCGCUGUUCCGUCACCGUGCAUACCUCGAGACGUCUCUCCUUCGCCCCUUCGUCCCGGCCGCCUUUGUCUCUCCAUCGGAAAAAGUGAAACUAUGCCAUUUUCUCCGUAGGCCGGAUUUGUGGAAUCGUGGAAAAAGUGGAAACGCGGCCCGAUUGGUCGAAUCCCCGCCAGCCAUUUUUGUCGUGCGUCGUGUCUCGUCGGUGGGCGAAAUCGGUUGUCGUAUGUCAGCGGGACACCUCGUCGAAAGAUGACUCCGAGUGGUGUGUCCGCCUUCUUGCUUUGCUUCCUCUGCUUGGCCGGUUUGAGGCGAUCCCACGGCUUUUACCUCCCCGGCCUCGCGCCUGUCAACUACUGUAAACAAGGCUUCUUGCCCUCAUGCAAGACUGAAGUUGACCUUUUUGUAAACAGGCUUAACACAGACGAGUCAAUUAUUCCAUAUGAAUAUCAUCAUUUUGAUUUUUGUCUUUCCGAUGAAACAAAAUCUCCCACAGAAAAUCUUGGACAGGUCGUCUUCGGGGAGAGGAUUCGACCUUCUCCAUAUAAGAUGAGUUUUCUCAAGAAUGCGAGUUGUGUCCCUGUCUGUACCAAGGAAUACAACACUGAUAAACCUGAGGACAUCAAAAAAUUGUCUCUUCUACAAAAAGGCAUGAGCCUUAAUUAUCAACAUCAUUGGAUUGUCGAUAACAUGCCUGUAACGUGGUGUUAUAUGCUAGACGAUGGAAGGCAAUGUUGCGUCCCUGGUUUCCCAAUGGGAUGUUAUAUUGGCGAGCAGAAAAAACCAGAAGAUAUUUGUAACCUGAGUACGAUGUACAAUAAACUGCACACUUAUUAUAUAUUUAAUCAUGUGGAUAUACAAAUAACGUACCACAGUGGAGAAUCUGAAGAUUGGGGGAACAAUUAUGGCAAAGACAGUGGACGGAUUGUCGCUGUCAAAGCAACUCCUAGGAGUGUCAAAUAUGACAAUAAUAAUGAUUGCUUCUCGAAAGAACCGCUAGGGAUACCAGCAAACAUACCCAGAGGGAAAACGUUUCAAAUUAAAUACACGUACAGCGUGACUUUUGUGAGGAACGACACUGUGAAAUGGUCGUCGAGGUGGGACUACAUACUAGAAUCGAUGCAACAUACUAAUAUUCAUUGGUUCUCAAUAUUGAAUUCCCUCGUCAUCGUCCUUUUCCUUUCUGGAAUGGUGGCCAUGAUUCUGUUAAGGACGCUUCAUAAAGACAUCGCUCGAUACAAUCAGAUCGAUUCUGGAGAAGAUGUCCAGGAAGAAUUCGGUUGGAAACUCGUCCAUGGCGAUGUAUUUCGCCCUCCACGAAAAGGAAUGUUACUUUCGGUAUUUCUCGGCUCUGGGCUUCAAAUCUUUUUCAUGACACUUGUAACAUUGGCUUUUGCCUGUCUCGGAUUUCUAUCUCCGGCCAACCGAGGAGCCCUUAUGACAUGUGCUAUGAUCGUAUAUGUCUGUUUGGGUACAAUUGCUGGCUACACAUCUGCAAGAAUAUACAAAAGCUUUGGUGGAGAAAAAUGGAAAUCGAACGUAUUGCUCACAUCGAUGCUGUGCCCAGGGGUUGUGUUUUGUUUAUUUUUUGUGAUGAACCUUGUACUAUGGGCGAAAGAAAGCUCAGCUGCCGUCCCAUUUUCAACCCUCGUCGCACUUCUUUCUCUCUGGUUUUUGGUGUCUGUGCCAUUAACCUUUAUUGGCUCUGUGUUUGGAUUCAGAAAGAGGCCGAUUGAACAUCCUGUGCGAACUAAUCAAAUACCGAGACAAAUUCCAGAUCAGAGUCUGUACACACAACCCUUGCCAGGCAUAGUUAUGGGUGGCGUAUUGCCAUUCGGUUGCAUAUUCAUCCAGUUAUUUUUUAUCCUCAAUUCUCUUUGGUCCAACCAGAUGUACUACAUGUUUGGCUUUUUGUUUUUGGUAUUUUUGAUUUUGGUCAUUACCUGUUCCGAGACCACUAUUCUCUUGUGUUAUUUCCAUUUGUGCGCUGAAGAUUAUCAUUGGUGGUGGAGAAGUUUCCUGACAAGUGGUUUCACUGCUAUGUACUUGUUUGUAUAUUGCAUCCAUUAUUUUGUCACAAAAUUAAAUAUCGAAGAUAACGCAUCAACGUUCUUAUAUUUUGGUUACACUCUCCUUAUGGUAUUUUUAUUCUUCCUUUUAACGGGUACAAUUGGAUUUUUCGCUUGUUUCUGGUUUGUCAGGAAAAUAUAUAGUGUUGUAAAGGUCGACUGAAGGAGAAAACCGCCGUUGUAUCAUGAUAUCCAAAAUGUUUAGCUAAACUUUCAAGUACAGUGACCAAAAAGAGAUAAUCUUGUUAGUUUUAUCGAUACUCUUUUUUCCCUUUAUAAGAAAGUUCCAAAAAUGUAUAUAAUAAUUUUUCUAGGGCGUUGUCCACAUUAAAAUAAAUAAGUAAUGUAUCAACAUUAAAAUAUCAUGAUUUUUUUUGUGUUUUUUCCAACACAAUUGUUUUUCAAUCAAAACAAUUUUAGUGUUUGUGCUGUUUUAUUCGUGAUAUCACAAGAGAAAAUUGUAUAUAUUUAAUUUAAUAACAAUUAUCGCUUCUGGACUUUAAUACAUAUUAUUUUUAUUUAGAAAAUCACUGUCAAAUGAAAUUGUAUAACGUGGUACCAUUACAUUUCCAUUGUGUGGACAUAACGAACAAACAAGAGAAAGUAGCCUGAGAUUUAUAAAAUUAUAAUCCUUGUCAACUUGUAAAUUAUUGUCUGCCAUUUAAUUUUAAAUGGUAUGAUAAAAUAUCAGCAUUUAAAAUUUUUUUUACCACUUUUAAUACUUCAUUAUUAAUUCAACAAAAGCCUGCAUUAGUAAAAGAAGAAAGUAAUAGUUUAUUUGAUAUUAAUUGUUUCUUUAAUUUAUUAUGUACAUUUGUAUUUUUUAUGUUUCACACAUUGAUUUUGGAUGUAAAUAUAUGAACUGUACACUGUACUUUUUUUAUUAUAA